AUGGCAAUUUUGGAUACAUUACAGUUGACGAACCAAGUAGAAAAGUUGGCGCAGGUCAGCCGCGAUCUACGACGGAAGCAUAAGCAGCUGCAAAAUCAAAUGCGCUUAGUAUGCGAAGAAAGAACAGAAUUAUCGGCUAUAGUUCAGUCCCAACAAAGAGACAUCACUGUUUUACAGCAAUCGGACGCACAGAACAAGAAGUGCGCAUCGUGCGGUGUAACGUUUCCUGACGGCACGGACGAUGAAGACCAAUCGUCGAAACCGACUUUCAGCGUUCGAGAGCUGCGUGCAAUUUUACACGAGCGAAAUGAGUUGAAACUUAAAUUGAAUAGGGCUGAAGAGCAAUUGCAGGCGCUACAGACGGAGCCGCAACCAGAUAGCAGCGGCUCGGACACAUCGCCAUCUCUUACUAGCACAGUACCGGAAGAGGACGAGGCUCCCGUACAAGGACCACUUCCAGCUGAACCGGACGACGCGCCGUGGAAACGUAACAGCGGAAUAAGGAAGUUUUUUCGCAAGCUCUUUGCUGAGUCUGAUAUCGCCGUGGGCCCGUUCCCCCGGCGGGCGCGCUCGUUGGGCGGGAAGCUUACCGCGACCUCCGGUGCCGCCUCCGCCCCCGCGCGCCACUCCGAAACCAAACACACACACGCCGACCUGAGACAAGAGCUCACCAGUCUCGAUCUUAACCGUGGAGAAGUUGACACGUGGCUUGGCAAGUUCGACGAAAGGGAUGACGAAACGGAAGAUUUCAGAUUCGACCACGAUAUCCCUCUACAGAGGUCCAUUUCCCUCGACCGCGGUCUGGAUAUAGUCAAUUAUUUGCAAACCUUAGGCUCCGAUUGGUCGGGUAGUGACACUUCAUCCACUUGGUCCGUCGAUUAUGGCGGACCGAAUUCUGAUUUACGAUUGGAACAGUAUCGAAGUUUUGAAGAUAUACCGGCGCCACCCAAGAAGAAAAAUAGACACGUUUCGCUUGAUGUAACGAAUUCACCGCACGGCAAUAGCCUGGCGCUAUCCGUGCUCAGAGAGAGUUAUAAGGGAAUUGAGAUGGAAAAAGAAAGCGGGAACGUACCGUCGCCUGUAAAAAAGUUGCAGAAAACGUUUUCAUUUAAAAAUUUCGAUGACUACAAGGAUUCCGCUAAGAGUUCUAUUGAGAAUUUAGACGAUGAAGAGCCAUACAUGGGAUUAAGAAUGUCCCUCAAGAAUAUAUCUGAAGAACAACAAGAGGAUGACAAUGAAAAUAAAGUCCGACAAAGAAGACUAGGCGUUAUAUCAAAUGAAUGGCAGAAGAGAUCGAGCAAUGAUUUACGGAAACUAGUCCUAAUCCAGCAGAAUUUGUCGCACGUGAAAAGUUGCAAUGAUAUCGUAGCUGAGAAUAAAAAGGCGCCGUCACGAUGCAAUUCUACCAACACGUUACAAGUUUCGACUUUUGUCCCCUUGAGCGAUAGCUAUGAAAAUAUAGAUACCGCAAAUCGUAGCAUAUCAAACUUACGUAAACUUAAAGCUAGUUUUUCAUCCCUAAAACGCGUUAAAAGUAGACAGGACGUGCCCACAAUUGUAGUUGAAGACAACAAUCGUUUUAGGAAAGUAAGUAUUGAAGUCGUAACAAAACCUCCUCUAUAUACCACCAAAAUAGUACAAGCAUGCAACUGUCGAAUUUGCUGUGAAAAUGGCGCAAGGAAGCCCUUCUUGGGCAAUAUAAACAAGUUGUUUAUAAAAGUUAUAUAUUAUAUGGAUUGCGCCAGAAAAUUUACGUGCUGGGAUGAAAACAAUUUGAAUGACAGCGAAAUGUAUAGAUGUAUAAUGCAUCUUCUAAGAUUACUCUUUGGUCUAUGGUUAAGGCAUUGGGAUCAUAGUCCAAGUAAAAUAAAUGUUAAUACUUUAUAG